AUGAAUAAAAAAUUAUUUAUGGCAAUGAGCCGUCGCCGUAUAUCAUGCCCAUUGGCUGUUCAACAGCUGUGGGAUGCGGUGAAAGUGAUACGUUUUCAAAGGCAGGUACCAGAUAUCGAUCGCAUCACAAAAUAUAUGACUAAAGUCCACAAUAUGUCACCAGAGGAAGUGGGAAGACAAUUAAAUUAUUGUGUUCGAGAUGGUCUUUUGAUUUUAACCAAAAGAGUUGGUAAUAAAGGUUCAAAGGCGGGAGUUGAAACUGAAGGAUAUAAACUUCCAGAAGAAAAAGCUGAAAAAGAUAGUCAUGAUUGGUAUUGUUUUCAAUGUCACAGUGCUGGAGACGUGAUAAGUUGUACAUCUUGUUAUCGGGUUUUCCAUCUUUCAUGUAUUGAAAAAAAGGACUUGCCAGAAAAUGAUGUUAAGCAUAAGUUCAUUUGUAAUAUAUGCAAAAAUUGUGCUUCUACUAAAGAAGCUUGUAAAAAGAUUAAAAAAAGCCAGCUCAACAGGCUUCUUUAUCAUACUACUGGAAGAUUAAGAGAAAAAAUACCUUUACCAUGGUCAGAACGCAAAAUUGCUACUACUGCUCCAUCAACAUAUGUUUCAGACAGACUUCAAUUUCAGAGUCAACUAAAAGGUAGUGAUUUGCAUUUUAACAUGAAAUGUGCAUUAAAAGACAAAGAUCCUUGGAGAAUAGAUCUUCUUAUUUUCAAAAUUAUAGACCUUCAAAUGAUUGAAGAUAAAGCUGAUGAUGAUGAAUAUAAAAAUGUUGAAGAGUUCCGAGCAGACAUAUUAACCUUUGUUCACAAUAUUAUUAUUUUUCAUGGCGUUCAUAGCAGUUUAGCGGAUUAUGGCCGAUUAAUGUUGAGGGAUUGCAAUCGAGAUUUGGAUGAGAUAAUGAGGUGCCGUUAUUGUUACAAAUAUUCUAUACAAAAAAAUUCAAAAUUUUGGUUCUGUAAACCAUGUAAGCCCCCACAUGAACUAGUAUAUGCAAAACAAGAAGAUUUUCCAUAUUGGCCAGCAAAAGUUUUGAAAAUUGAAGGUGAUAUGUAUGAAGUAAGAUUUUUUGGUAGUGAACACCAACUUGGAACUAUUGACAAAACUCAAAUACGACCUAUAUCGGUGAACAUUCAUACCUUGCAGUCUCAAGGUCGAACUUCUCAAUGGAACAAAGCAUGUGAGGAAUUGCGUCGCCAUCAACUUCAAUUGGACAAAGUUAUAUUUGGUCUUGCUGCACAAUCAUCAUCAUCUUCCUCUAGUUCGUCUUCAGAAGAUGAAGAAGAAGCACUUAAACUUAAAUUGAGGGUUUCACCCAUUCUAAAACGUUAUGAAAGGAGAAAGGUUAAAGAACAGAAAAUAUCAAUAAAAACUGAGGCAAAAGUGGAGACAGAUACUGAGGAAUCAGAAUCAAAAGACGAAGUAAAACCUGUAAAAAGAAAACGAGGCAGACCGUUGUCUCUAGAAAAGAAAAUAAGUCCUCCAAAAAAAGUCGUAAAGAAAUCUUUGUUAAUUAAAAAAACCAGUCCUGAAAACACUGUAGAAAAAAGACCUAGAGGUAGACCCAGAAAAGUUAUUGAACCUGUAAUUGAAGAUAGUACUCCAGUUAAACAUUUGAAAACAAAAGUUAAAAGUACAAAAGAAAAUACUAAUGCAUCUGAAGGAAUUAAAACAUCAAAAAAUGCUUCACCAUUGAAAACAAAAUCUCCAGUUAAAGAAAAUGAAGUAGAUGAAAAUAUAACAUCUACAACUGAAAGAUUAAAAGACCCUGAUGUUGUUGAAGAUGAAACAGUUAGUUCUUCAUGUCAAGAUUUAGUACGAUCAGUUAAAGUGCAAACAAAACCAAUUAGCAAAAAACCGCCUAAAAGCUAUAUAAACAAGAUUCGAGCUGAAAUGGAAAGUGAAAAACGUAAAGCUAUCGAACAACUGAUUGAACAACAUAAAGAGGAGAUUUCUUUAUUGCAAGAAAACCACAAUAUUGCAUUGUCCGAAGUAAAGAAAAAGCAAUGGUGUGUGAAUUGUGAAAGUGAAGCUAUUUACCAUUGUUGUUGGAAUACAGCAUAUUGUAGUCCUAAAUGUCAACUAAUUCAUUGGAGUAGUGAACAUAAAAGGCAUUGUCGUCGAAAAAGAUGA